AUGCACACCGAGUCGUUUCUGGCCACGAGAGCCGGAGCUGCAGCUGCAGCCUGCGCCGUACUCGUACGAGUGUACAAGUGUACUUGGAUACUUCCCCCAUCCAUUCAGCAGGGUCGCACCGUGCAAGUCACAGUGCGCGAACACCGCCCGCCAUCCCGCUGCAGACAGCACCUGAGGCCUGUAUCCGGACAGUCGCUCCGUCGAGCAAAGCAAUUGGCCGGUGCCAUUUGCCGUCCGCCAGAACGCCAGCGCUCUGCUAGCACUUCUAGCAUCGUUGCUUGGUCUUAUUCCUCGGCGCCACCAGCCACGAGGCUCCCUGUCUUGUCUCUGCAUCGAAAUCAAUUUGCUAGCGCGACAGUGGCCAAGGUGCACCGGCCCUCGCUAGCCUCAAUCGCUUUCCGCUAUGUCAACGCCCCUCUGGUUCGUUUCGCUUCUCUUCCCUUUGUUUUAACGGCUGGCAUGGCAUGGGAGCCUGUUCAAUAA